AUGGCCGGCACUUCUCGAUCGGCACCAAUUGACCCACCCGAUUCCCUCUACACGCAGGAAACGGGCGGCGAGACGAGGAUCCCAUGGUGGCAAAGAAAUCUCCUUUUAAAUCAACCGGUUCUCUUUGGAACUUGGGAUGGAGUUUUCCCGACGGUCAUGGUCAACAUUUUUGGGAUCAUCGUUUUCCUCCGAAUGGGAUGGAUUGUCGGAACAGCUGGCGUCGCAAACGCGCUCUUGUUGCUCUUGAUCGGCACCGCGUUGUCGUUGAUCACCGUCUUUUCGGCGAUAGGGAUUUGUGAGCGAACUCGUCUCCAACCGGGCGGCCUCUAUUUCCUCAUUUCGCACGUGUUGGGCGCGAAAAUCGGCGGCGCCACCGCACUCAUCUACACUUUUGGGCAGGCUGUCGCGACUGGUUUGGUGGCGGUCGGCUUCGGCGAGUCGAUGCAGCACUUUUUCGGGACCGAUUCGAAAUUCGUCGUCAAACUCAUCGCCAUUCUCACACUGAUGGCUUUAACUGUGGUGAACGCAGCGGGUGUGUCGUGGGUUGUGCGACUGCAGCUGGUGCUUCUCGCGUGUAUCGCUAUGGCUACUCUGGACUUUUUUGCGGGCAGUCUCUGGACAGUGGAUACGGAUCACGGUGUUGGCCACAUUUCAUUCGAUCGUUUACGCGCAAACUCAGAGCCAUUUUACAAUGCCGUCAAUUGCUCAGAUAUUGGAAUUGAAAAAACGCUUCCCCAGCAAAGUUUCUUCACCGUUUUCGGAGUGUUGUUUGCGAAUUUUCUUGGAAUUUUAGCAGGAGUGAACAUGUCCGGUGAUCUCCGGGAUCCACAAAAAUCGAUUCCAUUGGGAGAAUUGUCGGCUGUCGGCCUUUCCUCGUUGAUUUGUUUCCUUUUCAUUCUCGUUUUAGGCUCGGUGGUUGAUCGACAGUGGCUUCUUUGUGAUCAUUUGAUCUCGGAAAGAGUUUCGUUAACCGGUUGGAUGUUUAUGGGUGGAUUGUACAUCUGUUCUCUUUCAUCAACGAUUGGAUCUCUUCUCGGCACUCCACGAGUUCUCCAGGGGAUCGCGGCUGAGGGGCUUGUUCCCGCAUUGGCUCCACUUGCACAAGGGAUCGGUGCCAACAAGAACCCAGUUUUGGCGACGAUCGUUCUCACCGCGAUCGCCUGUCUUUUCGUGUUGAUCGGCGACUUGAAUCAGCUAGCCAUUCUCUCAACGAUGCCAUUUUUGAUUACUUACGCGAUGGUUAAUUAUGCCUAUGUUUCAUUGGCGAUGAGUUUCGAUUUAGUGAGCGUCACCGAAGCAUCAACAAUUCCCUCUUAUGGUUCGACACAACAAAUCGCUGAAAGAGCCGAUUUGGAUGAGCUGUUCCCGGAAAGGAAACAAUUUUCCGCGACUGGAAUCGAAACUACAGCCGACAUCGUCAGCCAGCCGGCAUCUUGGUAUUCGCAUUUCAGCAAUCGAUACGUUUCACUCGUUGGGUGUAUGGUAAACCUCUUGAUCCUUAUCUUCAUCAACUUCUGGUAUGCGAUCGUUCACUUUGCGGCUCUCAUCUUAUUGUAUUUCUAUAUUGCGCAAGUGACUCCCGCGUGUUUCCCAGGCAUCUCUCAAUUCUCUAUUGUUCACAUGUUCCGCACCGCGUUUUCUUCGAUUGAAUCGAUCGGUGUUAAUGCACAUAAACCCUGUGUGAUUGGUUCUGGUCCGACACCGAGCGAGUUCAGCACUCAACAACUGAAUGAGCACAGCAGCGAUUAUGAACAACGAAAACAGUAUCAUCACGCCAAAGAAGUGACUAGUGAAUUUGAU